AUGCAACGUUUUAUCAUCCGUCCAACCCCUCUCAUCCACAUUUCUCCCAACCCCUCCACGGCCUGGACUACGUGCCGGUUCGCAACCGCAUUUCACCACCCCAAUCCCGGCAACUUUGCCAAUCGCCCCAGAGAACAACUGUCCGAAGCCGGCCGCAAAGGUGGUAGGAAAGGUGGAAAAGCGCGCGGCGUUGGUGGAUUCCACAACAUGGACCCGGAGAAGCAGCAUGAAAUAGCUUCUCGCGGAGGACAUGCCUCCAAAAAGGCAGCCAAGCAACGAUACCGAGUUCCGGAAGAAGAACCUGCUGAACCAGCUACGGCACCUCCGGGAUUUGAACGGUCUGCUUCUGCGUAG